GCAGGUAAGGCGCCUACAGAAAGUGGGGAAAGGUCACGGCUACCUGGGAGCUGAGUCUGUCAGUCCCUCCCUUCCUCCACCCUGCCUCCCGUCCCUUAUCUCGAUUUUCUUGGGGCUGGUCGGGAGCAAAAGGGCGCACGCGGUGAAGUCAGGUCCUGAAAUCACCGGGGGAUUUUUUUUGCGGAGGAGAAGGUGGAAGGAAAGAACAGUGAGCAGACUCUGGCUCCAGCACCAAUGGCUUCAGCCGGAGGCCAAGGCAGCCUCGGUGACACUUCCUCAAAGUGAAAGCGAAAGCCAAGUAGGCGGAGAGGACUGACGGGGCCAGGCGGUCGGCCAGGCAGGCGUGUUUGGAGCCCCUUCUCCAGCCCGGACCUGGCGGGCGCGGGGCACGAGGAGGGGCGGCGGGGGAGGAGGGCCUGAGAGCAGCCCCCAUGGGCUCCGAGGGGUGGUGCUUGCUGGUCUGCUUGGCUCUCUCCGGGGCAGCAGACGCCGUAGAAAGGCAGUGGCGGGCAGUGGACGUGAUCUUGGACUGCUUCCUGAUGGGGGAAGGUGGGCACCGUGGAGCUUUCGCCAGCAGUGAGAACACGGUGAAGGCCUUGUUGGUGCUGAAGCAGGUGCCAGUGCCGGACGACGGCUCGCUGGAAGGCCUCACGGAUUUCCAAGGGGGCACACUGGCCGAGGACGACCCACUCAUUACCUUCGAGGCCUCAGUGAACCUGAUACAGAUUCCCCAGGCCGAGGCCUUGCUCCAUGCUGACUGCAGCGGCAAAGAGGUGACCUGUGAGAUCUCCCGCUAUUUUCUCCAGGCCAGGCCCAAGGCCACGGUGGAGACGGCAGCCUGGUUCAUCACUAACGUGCUAGUGCCUGGAGAGGGACCUAGUAUCUCCAUGGUGAUGAAGACCCUUGGGGAUGCUGAGAAUGGGGCUGUCUUGCAUCCCAUGCUGAAACUGCCCCUGAGCCCCCAGGGGACUGUGCGGACUGAAGUGGAGUUCCAGGUGACAACACAGACCCCGUCCCUGAAUCUCCUGCUGGGGUCCUCAACCUCCCUGCACUGUGGCUUCUCCAUGGCACCAGGCUUGGGCAUCACCAGCGUGGAGUGGCACCGGCAGCAUAAGGGCAGUGGCCACCUGGUGUACCGCUGGGCCACGGGGCAGGGGCAGGGGCAGGCCAAGCGGGAGGGCGCCACCCUGGAGCCUCAGCAGCUGCUCAUGGCUGGGGACGCCUCCCUCACCCUACCCAGCCUCACUCUGAAGGAUGAGGGGACCUACAUCUGCGAGAUCACAACCUCCCUGUACCGAGCUCAACAGAUCAUCCAGCUCAACGUCCAAGCUGCCCCCAAAGUACGACUGAGCUUGGCGAGCGAAGCUCUGCCGCCCACCCUCCUCUGCAGUGUCACUGGCUAUUACCCUCUGGAUGUGACUGUGACGUGGAUCCGGGAGGAGCUGGGUGGAGCCCCGGCCCCAGUCUCUGGUGCCUCCUUCUCCAACCUCCGGCAGAGCAUGGCAGGCACCUACAGCAUCUCCUCCUCCCUGACGGCAGAGCCUGGCUCUGUGGGUGCCACUUACACCUGCCAAGUCACCCACGUCUCCCUGCAGGAGCCCCUGGGGGCCAACACCUGGGUUGCCCCACCAGAGCAGAGGACGGCCUUUGGAGUCCUUUUUGCCAGCAGCCUCUUCCUCCUGGCACUGCUGUUCCUGGGACUGCAGAGACGCCAAGCUACCUCACCAAGGCCUGCCAGGACCCCGAGGCACUCCGGGUAGCCACUCUCCUGCCUUAGAUAUAAGAGAGAGUCACAUUCUCCCAGAAGCUGAGUCCCAGAGCUCAAAGAGGCCCCGAGAAAGAUACGAAGAAGGCACAGAUCACUGACUGUGGCACUGGAUUUCUGCAGGCCUCUGCCUUCCUUCACUGCAUGCCCUGGGCUGAUACACCCAAGGGAGAAAGCGUGAAGAGGUGAGAGGGUGGCAGGAAGGCAGGAGGUCUGGGUGGAGGUUAAAACAUGAGCCAGGUUUGAGGCGCGGUGGUAGGAACAAUAUAGCAGAAAAAAAUUAAGAAAGGAGCGGAUGAGGGACAGUGGAACAGGAUGGGGGUUGGAGGGCCACGCACAAUCGUUGAACUCUGUCCCAGUAAAAGCCCUCAUGUCCUCAGAAGCAAAGCUUUUCCACUUUCCUGUCUUUCCUCACACUGGGGCCCGCCCCGCCGCUUGGCUGGCAAAGUGCUUGAGGUGUGAAACGAAGACCCUCAGAGGCGGCCCUGGGCCUGCCCCCCCCAGUCGCUCAGGGUAACCUUGAGCUGCCGUUAAGCUCCUGUACCUUUGGACAGCUGCUGGGCAUUUCAGGACACCUGCACACACCCCUGCCUUGGCCGCAGGGGACAGAGCUCCCCUUUCAGUCAUUUUCAAACGGGCCUGGUCAGCACAGUGGGACUUGGCAGAAGAUGGCUAUGCAUGGGGACGGUGGGGAGCAGAGCGUGUCCCCUGGGGGCCUCCUCAGGGCCUGGCCCAGGACCUGGAGGGAGGAGGCGGCAGAUGUCUAAGAAGAUCUGCGGGUGUCUGUCCGUGAGAUGCCCGCUCAGCUUCCUGCCGUGGCUUCCUGUCACCCACACCUGAAGAGCUGGGCUGCUUCGGGCACAGAGGCUGAGAGCGGAGACCACUUCCUCUGCCAGCACCCAGCUGUGGAAUCUCGAGAAGACCGACAGCACCCGUAAGCCACCCUUCCGGCGCAGGGCACCAUCAGAAAGGAACCAGAGAGAAACAAGACGCCUCCGCCCUGCUGCACUCACCCCAACCCAAACAACAGCCGAGUCGGUUUAGUGGUAGGAAGUUGUAUUGUUGUUUUGCCUUUGUUCAGAAUACAGGAAAUUGGUAAAUACGCCACAUGCCUUUGGUGGAAGUACAGCUGUUAUUUCUGUACAAGUAGGAGAUUGGGGUUAGAAAAAAAGACAGAGAGGGGAUGACAGACACAGUGGGGACGCCACAUCGUCCCACGGCAAACCCAAGAGGGGCCGAGGAGACCCGGCCUCGCGUGACUGCCAAGCCCCAGGCUUAGUUGCAUAUUUGCUCAUGCACAUGGGUGGUGGGAGGGAAGGGGGGCGGCAAAGACACAGAAGAGGGGGGUAUAGGGCAGGGUGAGAAAGAGAGUAGAAGGGCUACCGUCCCCAGAAGAGCAAAGCCAACUACACCUGGGACAGAUGGCACAGAAACGCAGAAGUGAUUCCUGUGACGGGGCGGGCCAAGAGGGCGGAUUUGCUCCAGGCUUGGGACACAUCGAGGACAGUGGUGGUUCUUCUCCAGCGGUGACCCCCUCCAUUAGGCAAGGGGAGCCCAGAGGAGGGUGGAGGCCUUCGAGGGGCCUCUGGCCAUUAGGAGGGUACAGAGACUGCCUUCGUCCAGCUCUUCCGUCCCGCCCUGGGGCAGGACGAAGGGAAUGUGGGAACAGGGCGAAGGGAGAGGAAGGAUGGUUUUGCGGAACGAAAUGCUGCUGCGUGGAAAGCGAGCCUGGCCCAGCCGCCUCCUGCUGGUGGACUGGUGGACGGAAGGAACGAAGGAACGGGGGGCGGUCCCCGUUCUGUUCCCAGCCGGCCCUCCUCCCCUCUCACCGGGGUCUGUCCCACUGAGUGCCCUUUCCUGAAACCCAGCACUGGCCCCCGAGACAGGCUGAGCAGCUCCAUCCCCAGGUCCCACUGUCUGUGCCACAAACCAUGCAAAGAGGAGGAAGGCAAAGGGAAUUCAGGGGUGCUUUGGAAGGGGAACGUACUGCUGGAAGAACAGAGGGGCCGCUCCAGACGAGAAGGCGCCGUGGUGGCACAGCAGUCAACAAGCAGGCCCGUCUGCUGACGGCUCCACGUCCGCCCCAAGGCUGGCGGGGGCACCGGACUCCCACCGCUCAGGAGCGGCCGGGCCUCAGGAAGGGCCUCUCUCCUCAGCCCUGCCUUUGGCAAGUACACGGGGGUGGUGUCGGGGGAAGGGCUCCCAGAGGGUCCAGGGCUCCUACCCUCCGACAUCUCAUCCUCUUCCAUCAACAGCAAGGGAGGUACAGGACGCUUGUAACAAGAGGGUGAGAAGUGGCUUCCUCCAAGCUUGGUAUUUUCAGAUUAGGCCCUUGACUCGCUGUUUCUCUAUAACUAACGGGCAUUCUCUCAUUAUCUAUGCCAGUAACUAAAAUUGAGAGGCUCAAACUUUGGCUAAAUGAAAUUAUUUGAUGCCUUCACGAGCAAUACAGAAUGCUGUAGAAAACGUGGACAAGAGCCCCUUCCAGGUAUGAGCUUGUGGGACUGUUUCUAGGAUGGGAACGAGAGUCCUGAUAUUUUUGCUAUUAAUACGUGUUCUCCAGGUCUCUGGAGGACAAAGUAAAAGGUUGUAAGGUCCCUGAAGACAUAGAUCUUGGACUAACAGAUGGGAAAUAACUGUGAAAAACAGGUUUGACUUUCUAAAAGAGUCCUGCACCAGGACCAAGCUGGACUUUGGGCCUGGCCCAGGCUCCUCUGCAGGCCUGGCACAGGAGAGGUGAGGGGGCAUCCUCCCAGCUGCUCCCAGCCUCCUCGGGCCAGCAGCCUGGCCUUUUCUGGCAACACCAUGGGCACAACACUCUUCUCCUCGUCCCAGUCUUGGCCCCUUCUUGAGCACGUCACCUCAGCUACACCCCUUUCCCCAUCCCUUGGCCUCCAACUCCUUUUGUCUUUGGGGGAACCUGAGAGAACAUGAGAGGGUAGGAAGGAGAUCCCAGCUGUUGUUCUUCGGGUAGUUAAUUCAAGACUGCACCACAAGCAGCAUUUCCAGUGUCGCAGGACAGAGCGCAAAUGAAAGCAACACAAGGGGAGGAGUGGGCGAUGGAGAAGCAGGGCUGGGAUGGAGGAAGGCAGAUGGGGAAGUUCUGGGGAGAAACAGCAGGGCAGGGACAUGAGUUUGGAUGGCAAUGGAGAACAGGGAAGGGGUGGCACAUUCUCAAGCAAAAAAGUAGACUGGACACAGGAGUCAGGAAGUCCCAGAUGGAAAAGAGAAAGAGGAGAAAACGAGGGCAAAUUACAUCAGGUUACUGGACAUUCAGGUGUAGUUGUAGGUGUCCCAUCCCCACGGUCUCCCUCUGACCCAAGCCAGUGAGAAGAAGCACAGCCCACUUGCUCAGAACAGGAGCCACGACCUUCCCCCACAGUCCUGCAGAGUGAAGGCUUGUCCACCGAGGAGGUCCCUCACCUCUGCCCUCCCGCCCUCCCGCACCAGAUGGUGCUUCCCUGGCCACGAUCUCCAUACCUCAGUCAGAGCAGCCCCACUCCCCAGGCAGGCAGGCAGGCAGGCAGGUGAAGCCAGGACCUUCCCACCUCUUCACCCCAACCAGCAACCUCAGCGAUACUUACUUACAAUAACUACCACGAUGAUGGCACAGAUGGCUCCCAGCAUGAUCAUCAUCUGAGGAGACAUUGACAAAAAACAAGCCCUUGGAUUUGGGGAAGGAGGCAGGAGCCAGGACCAGGGACUCGGACGGCGGAAGAAGCCACACGCCCCCCAGGACAGCUGAAGGCCUCCCAACCCCUCGUGCUCCCCAUCAGACAGUAACCCCUGCACCACAGCUGGAGCUUCUCAGAAACACGAGAGGGUCUGCAGCUUGCUCCUUGUCUCCUAGUUCCUGUUGCCCGGGGGCUUUUAAAGGAACGCCAGAGCAGGUGCAGACUUCGCAUCUUUAGUCAACUGGUUCGUUUUUCAUCAAAAAGUGUCCAGCUCAUUCCCAAAAGCUGCAGGUAUUUAAAUAUAUAGCUACCCCAGCCAUUGUGUCGAUGUCAGUGUAUCUCAGGAAGGGUCAGGUAAGAAUUUUUCCCGGGGUCCUUUGAGAAAAGGCAGCUGGACUAACCCCUCCAAACUCCUCAAGGUCUCCCCUGGCCCUCAGUUAGUGGUUCUGAGCACUUUAGCGUACCCUGGUGGCCAAUUCGGGUAAUGCAGCUCAAGAAGGAGGCUUCCCAGAUUGCCUCCCAAGAGUCCUGCAGGGCACAGAUCGUGAGAGGGAAGGAUUGUGGAACCUGAGGGUUUUCCCGCCUCCUAUGUGUUGAGACCCAGGAAAAUAAGGGGGAAAGGACAAGAACAUUCACCUUGCAGUUCUUCCACCAAUACUUCCUCUUUAGCUUGGCAGCGCUGCUCUCAAAUUGUGAUGCGCCCGCCUGCAAAGCGUCGGCUCUGUCAUCCAGCUCUGACAGCUUCUGGUCCCUCUCCAGGACCUUGUCCACAUUUACACGCAUGAUGUCCACCACCUGAGCAGGGCGCAGGAGCAAAGCGGCUAAGCUCCCCCAGAGCCGGGGAGAGAACAGCAAGUCUGCCCUGCCUAACUCUAAGGGGUACCCUGUCUCCCGGAACCUUUAGCUGCCCCUCUAGAUAAAGAGAAGUUUAUUUAAAGAGAAGUUUCCCAACUUCCAUGACUUGGAAACCCUUAGAGAAAAAGCUAUCCACGUACCUCCUCCACUUGUGCCUGGGUCUGCUGUAGUCGUCUGUUACUGGUCAAAUUAGGAGGAGGGCCAGGGGGACCCCCACCUGGGGCAGCCCCUUCUGCCCCUUCGGUGGGUGGCUGAGCUGCCGCAGACCUGCGGAGAGAAGUGCACAGAGUGACCAAGACAAGAAAGGAAUCACAUACGUUCUCACCCCUAUCACCAAAGCAAGGGUGAUACGGCUAUAUGCAAGUAGAAGGGAUUCCAGCUCCUUGGCAAUACCAAGUGGGGAGAUGCAGCACAGAGGUCCAAAGCAAAAGAUGAAAGAUCCUGUAACAGAUGGGGCUCAGCGACAUCCAGGGUGGCAUCAAGAGCUCUCGUUUGGUCUAUCCUCUGACCCAAACUCAAACACAUCCUCUGGCACAAUGGCCACAGGGACAAGUGGGCCAGUCUUGGCUUAAAUGGCAUUUCUCUGCCUCCCGGAAGCCUUUUUCACAUGAAGUCAAACUGGAAAACUCCAAUCCAGGAUAAUUACCUACAAAAAAAACUCAACACUCAGGACAAGCUUACAGACUGAACAACUCUUUUUUUGCAAAGUCUGAAUAUAAAAAGAAAGGCCAAGCUGACAGACUCUGCUGAAGGGGAGCCAGUUAUUGGUUGUUUCAUGCAAUGAUUAGUAUAUCGUGGCCACUGUAAGGACGACUUGGAGAAUCACCAAAGGCCUCUGUAGUUGCAGUGAGUCAGGACUGUUUGCUUGCUUUGUUUUUUGGCAGAGAAGACUGGGGUUUCACUUAGAUAGAACUGGGGCCCAAAGCAAUUGUGUCAAUUGUGAAAGUGUUCCAAGAGCAUAGACAGGGAGCAAAAAUAUUGGAAAUGGUCCUCAGUGUACAUGCACCAGAGACAGCCUGUCCCUUCCUUUUUUAGAUUUGGCAUCCAGUCUCAGGAGACUCUCCUAGCUCCUGAUGUCCCAACUAGAAAUCUUGGUUUACACUGCUAGGCACAGAGACCGUACUCCCUUUCCCUUAGCCUUAGGGGAGAAUAAUCCAGUGUGGGAUUCUCAAAAUAAACUCCUCUCCACGUCCCAACACAUGGAAGCUAAAUUCACCUUCUCAAGAAUUCCCUGAAGUCUAACCUAAGGCAUGAGAUUUUCCCUGCCAAGGAAGAAGUCACAGGUAGGAGAGAGAUCUCUGCAAUUUGAUAGAGAAAAGAAAUUACAAUAAGAACUCCUCAAACAGAAGCAGAAUCUCACAAAGCCUACCUCAUAGGAGCAGUCCAAGAGUAAAUGCACUACGGAUGAAACCAUCACAAAGUCACCAAAAAGGAAAAGCCUUGACUACUCACAAUAGAACUAAUACCCAGAAGUUCCUCCUCUCUAAGUAAGUAAAUUUCAGUCUCAAAAGAGAAUAACCCUUCAGAGAGGUUAUACUAGCAGAUUACACCUGACUCAUCUUGGCUAAAAGAAUUGCUUUCCCAUUGCCCUUUAAGGCACAAAGGAGGCAAAGGAAAGAUACAACACUAUGGCGGCCACCAGACUCCUAUGCUACUACUGUGCCACACAAUCUAGUUCUCUGGUGAAAGUGGAAAAUUCAAGGAGUAGGAAGUAGCCAGUGUUUGGUCUUGGAAGCAGUCCAGGCUGGUGGCACCAAUGACAAGAUUAAGGUCAGAGACCUCGUGAUGCCCUUCUAGUCACCACGGUUUCCCCAUCUCCUUCCUUUCAUCCCACAUAGAUGCUACUGGGAACCGGUCAACUGAAGAGGCUCCCCCUCCCAAAAUGAAAACACAAGGAAUCCUAGGGCUUGGCCAAAACGCAUAGAAUAUCAUAUACAGUUAAAACUGUAGAAAUCAAAUAGAGAAAAAGGGAAAUCGUUAUAAAGCAUUUGAAGGGACCAUUUCACUUAUUACUUCUUGGGAGUUGGGAACACGCAGGAGUAACAUAUCCGGGGAUAGUUAUAACCCUUAUGUAACGUAAGUAAAUCUUUUCCCUUUUAGUCACCAAGAGAAGCAACACAAAUACAUCUAGGACCAGGCCAGGACUCCAAGAAAGAAAGGGAAGUUCUUCAUUUGUCUAGCUAUAGUUCUCCCUCAGGAUCUUGGGAUGCGGUGACCAUGGUCAGAUGACUAAAUUGAUGAUUAGAGACUAAAUUGAAUGUACUGAGGGAAGGUGGUGGCGAGGGGAGGGGGGGAUCCUUAUCUCUAUUUCUCUUCCAAGUACUUGGCUAAGACUCAAUGACAGGAAAACUCCUAUACGGGUGGCCUUGGGAUGAAUGGACGCUUGGAAUCACACGCCACUGCCCCAUGAGUCUUUGUGAGCUGCUCACCUGGCGCCGAAGAACUGGCAGAUAAGUUUCUGGAGCUUUGCUCACUACCUAGAGCGGGGGCUACUCGUCACGGUCGGGGUGAGGGGCGUACACAAAGCUAGAGACUGCAGAGCAACCCAAGUUACUAACUGGCAGGUGCACCCAUGACUGUUCUUCCAGAGGCCCCAAGCACAGCUUCAAUCAACGACAAGAAAGGGCCUGGAGCCCCCUCCCGGGUGUCUCCGCGCCCCACCUUCACCCGAGACUCGACUGAGGAGCC